ACGCAGCGCCCGAGGCUGUGGGCACCGCUGGGCUCGGCGAGACCCUUCCGAGAGAGGAGCGUGAGUGACACCCAGGCACCAUGAACGACGUGGCCAUCGUGAAGGAGGGCUGGCUUCACAAACGAGGGGAGUACAUCAAGACCUGGCGGCCGCGCUACUUCCUGCUCAAGAACGGCGGCACCUUCACCGGCUACAAGGAGCGGCCACAGGACCUGGAGCAGCGGGAGUCGCCCCUCAACAACUUCUCCGUGGCACAAUGCCAGCUGAUGAAGUCGGAACGGCAGCCCAACACCUUCAUCAUCCGAUGCCUGCAGCGGACCACGGUCAUCGAGCGCACCUUCCACGUCGAGACGCCCGAGGAGCGAGAGGAGUGGGCGACGGCCAUCCAGACGGUGGCCGAUGGACUCAAGAGGCAGGAGGAGGAGAUGAUGGACUUCCGAUUGGGCUCGCCCAGUGACAACUCCGGGGCCGAGGAGAUGGAGGUGGCCCUGGCCAGGCCGAAGCGCCGUGUGACCAUGAACGAGUUUGAAUACCUGAAGCUGCUGGGCAAAGGUACCUUCGGGAAGGUGAUCCUGGUGAAGGAGAAGGCCACAGGCCGCUACUACGCCAUGAAGAUCCUCAAGAAGGAGGUCAUCGUGGCCAAGGACGAGGUGGCACACACACUCACAGAGAACCGUGUCCUCCAGAACUCCCGGCACCCCUUCCUGACGGCCCUGAAGUACUCCUUCCAGACACACGACCGUCUCUGCUUCCUCAUGGAGCACGCCAAUGGCGACGAGCUGUUCUUCCACCUGUCCCGGGAGCGGGUGUUUCCUGAGGACCGGGCCCGCUGCUAUGGCGCCGAGAUCCUGUCCGCCCUGGACUACCUGCACUCGGAGAAGAACGUGGUCUACCGCGACCUGAAGCUGGAGAACCUGAUGUUGGACAAGGACGGGCACAUCAAAAUCACAGACUUCGGGCUGUGCAAGGAGGGCAUCAAGGACGGGGCCACCAUGAAGACCUUCUGUGGGACCCCGGAGUACCUGGCCCCAGAGGUGCUGGAGGACAAUGACUACGGCCGCGCGGUGGACUGGUGGGGGCUGGGCGUCGUCAUGUACAAGAUGAUGUGCGGCCGGCUGCCCUUCUACAACCAGGACCACGAGAAGCUCUUCGAGCUCAUCCUCAUGGAGGAGAUCCGCUUCCCGCAGCUCAGCCCGGAAGCCAAGGCCCUGCUGUCCGGGCUGCUCAAGAAGGACCCCAAGCAGAGGCUUGGAGGGGGCUCCGAGGAUGCCAAGGAGAUCGUGCAGCACCGCUUCUUUGCCAGCAUCAUGUGGCAAGACGUGUAUGAGAAGAAGCUCAUUCCGCCCUUCAGGCCCCAGGUCACGUCGGAGACGGACACUAGGUAUUUUGAUGAGGAGUUCACAGCCCAGAUGAUCACCAUCACGCCGCCGGACCAAGAUAACAACAUGGAGUGUGGGGACAGCGAGCGGAGACCCCACUUCCCCCAGUUCUCCUACUUGGAGAGGAGAGCCUGA